AUGGCGCAGGGCUUCUGGCGGCUCUACAAGGCCAAGGUGCUGCAGAGCCUGGGGGGGCCGCGCCCGGACGGGACCCUGCAGGACGAGGUAGGCUGGGGGUGCCCAGACCCGCCUGGCCGAGCUCGCCGCCCGCAGCCUUCCCUCACCGGGGCUUCCUUGCAGGGAGACCCCCCCGAGCUGAUGGAGACGGCCGAGCCCCCCGCGCUGCUGGAGGAGGGAGCCAGCCCCGUGUCCCAGCUGGCCCGGAAGGUGCAGGGGGUCGGUGCCCGCGGCUGGCGGACGCUUUCGUCCCUCUUCAGCCGCGAGGACGAGCACCAGCUGCUCAGCCCGGAGCCCUGCCCAGACCACCCUCUGGCCACCGAGCCGUCCGAGGUGCCCCACACCGAGAAGGCGCCGGGGUUUUGGGAUCUCUUCGCUGCCAAGUGGCAGCAGGCGUCGGGGCCGGACAAGGGGGCGCCGCCCCCGGAGCCGGACGAGAGCCCGGGGGAGCCGCCGGGUGACGACGGCAGCGACCUGCGGGAGCCAGAGGAAGGGGCCUUCCACUGGGGCUUCCUGGCUGGCAAACUGGCCGAAAUCCGGAAUAAAAACGCCCCCAAGGGCAACUAG